GCUCGCGAGACUGGAGAGUGGGCGGUGCGAGCGGUGCGAGCGGCGGUUACCUCAGGGGCGGCUUCUGUGAGGAAAACAAACGUUAUCCUCCAGUCGGCCGGAUACCAAUAUGAGCGGCCUGGGUGGGGUCGAGAGGACCCCUCUCUCCCAAACCCGCAGCCUCACCGGUUCCGACCAUGUCCCAGGAGGUCCGGACCCACACCAGUGCCUGAGCCUCCGCGACGAAACCGAGGCAUCACAGGUGAUGGCCGAGACGGGUGAGGGAAGCUUGGAGGCCGUCGCGUUCCCGUCGCUCCAGCUUUUAGGGGAGGGGGGCGUACCCCGGGAUCCCGCUGACAGUGGCCUUACUCCUCAGGUCCGAGUCGGUGGCGGUGGCAGUCGUGUAGCUGUCGGAGCUGGGCAGGAAGAGGCUCUGCCUCCCACAGAGGUCCUGGAAGCAGCCUCCGUGUUGGCGGCAGCUGAAAACAGCAUGAAAAACGGCUUUCAAGAUGGAGGAAAGGCCCUAAAAACCUGUGGUGCGGAGAGGCUGUGGUCUGAGGUGAUCCUGGGCGCGAAGGAGGAGGAUGUGAAGUCCGAAGAGUGCGCCACCCUCCCAGUAGCAAUGGAUGACGAGGGCAGGGCUGAGGUGGUGGAGGUAGAAGGAGUGAAGGAGAACGAGGUGGCAGAAGAUCCAAUGGAGGUGGAGGAGAAGCCAGUAGGUGAAGAAAUAGAAGUGGUGGAGGAAAACAGAGUGGUAGGAGAGGUGAAGGAGGAGGCAGGGCCCUGGCCUCUGAAUGUGGCUCUCCGCAUGGACCCUCUGGAGGCCAUCCAACUGGAACUGGACACUGUGAAUGCUCAGGCUGACAGGGCCUUCCAGCAGCUGGAGCACAAGUUUGGGCGGAUGCGUCGACACUACCUGGAGCGGAGGAACUAUAUCAUUCAGAACAUCCCGGGCUUCUGGAUGACUGCCUUUCGGAACCACCCCCAGUUGUCUCCCAUGAUUAGGGGCCAAGAUGCAGAGAUGUUAAGGUACAUAACCAAUUUGGGGGUGAAGGAACUCAGACACCCUAGGACUGGCUGCAAGUUCAAGUUCUUCUUUCGAAGAAACCCCUACUUCAGAAACAAGCUGAUCGUCAAGGAAUAUGAGGUCAGAUCCUCCUGCCGAGUGGUGUCUCUUUCCACCCCAAUCAUAUGGCGCAGGGGACAUGAACCCCAGUCCUUCAUUCGCAGAAACCAAGACCUCGUCUGCAGCUUCUUCACCUGGUUUUCAGACCACAGCCUUCCAGAGUCUGAUAGAAUUGCUGAGAUUAUCAAAGAGGACCUGUGGCCAAAUCCACUGCAGUACUACCUGUUGCGUGAAGGAGUCCGUAGACCCAGACGUCGCCCAAUAAGGGAGCCAGUGGAGAUCCCCAGGCCCUUUGGGUUCCAGUCUGGUUAACAUCUGCCCUUGGGAAUACUGCACAAGGUCCCCUGUCACCACCUGAUAGACCUGUGCUUGGGCAACAACAAUGGGUAACAGAAAAGGUCUAUCACUGCUAAGAAAUCUGAGUAUGGGUGAGCAAAACUGAGAUCAGAUGACUGUUCUGUUAAAAACAAGACUCCCCAGACUGUGGCUUCUUGAAACUGGGGAUUUAGCAAGAGGAAAAGAAUAUGUCUCUGUCAUAGAAAAGUCAUUGUUGGGUGCUGACUAUCUGGAAAAGAAAGGGGGACAAAGAACCAAAUUCUUUCUUACCAAAAUGUUCUAAUAAACUCUGUGUACUAAA